AUGAGGAUCCUAUUAGUUCUAAGCAUUCUGCUGGUUCCAGCCUGGAACCAAAAUCUCUAUGUUGGAGAUCAGGUUCUGCGUGUAUAUGCCAGAGACAACGUACAGCUGGAGCUUCUAAGGCAACUGGUAGCCACCGAACAUCUGCAGAUUGACAUUUGGCGCAGCCCCACUAAACUUGGUCUUUCUAUGGACGUGAGUGUUCCUUUCACCAGUCUGCAGGGUGCAAAAGUGUUUUUGGAAUCCAACAAUAUUCCCUAUUCCAUUAUGAUAGAAGAUGUGCAGGCAUUACUUGACCAGGAGCAGCAGGAUAUGAAAGCAUCCAGGCUACAGGAAAGAAGAACUAACAGUUUCAGCUAUUCUACCUAUCACACACUGGAUGAGAUUUACAGCUGGAUUGAUAACCUGGUUUCUGAAUACCCAAAGCUUGUCAGCAAGAUUAAUAUUGGUCACAGUUCUGAAGGUCGGCCCUUGUAUGUCCUAAAGUUCAGCACUGGAGACAAUAAACCAGCGAUCUGGAUUGACAAUGGUAUUCAUGCUCGAGAGUGGAUUACACCAGCCACCGGUAUCUGGACUGCUAAAAAGAUCGCAAGCAGCUAUGGGAAAGACUCACUAGUAACAGAUAUUAUUGAACAACUUGACAUCUUUCUACUCAUUGUCACAAAUCCAGAUGGUUAUUCAUAUACUCACUCUACGAAUCGCAUGUGGCGGAAGACCAGGUCCAUUAACGUGGGCUCUCAGUGUGUUGGUGUGGAUCCAAACAGGAACUGGAAUGCUGGAUUUGGAGGUCCUGGUUCCUCCAGUAAUCCAUGCGCUGAAACAUAUCAUGGAGCCUAUCCUCACUCCGAGCCAGAAAUUAAAUCAGUAGCUGACUUUAUUUUGGACCAUGGGAAUGUUAAGGCCCUACUCACCAUCCACAGUUACUCUCAGAUGCUUUUAUUUCCAUAUGGAUAUACUAAUUCACUUGCCCCUGACCAUGAGGAGUUGAAUGAGUUGGCCAAAAAAGCAGCAACAGCUUUAUCUUCAUUGUAUGAGACCAGAUAUACCUAUGGAACAACUAUAGCUACUAUAUAUCAAGCAGAUGGUACAACCACGGACUGGGGCUACGAUAACGGGAUUAAGUACUCCUACACUUUUGAGUUAAGAGACACUGGGAAAUAUGGGUUUAUUCUACCUGCCAGUCAGAUCAUCCCAACUGCUGAAGAGACAUGGUUGGCUCUCGUGGAAAUAAUGAAACAUGUUAAAGACCAUCCAUACUAA